GAAUCUGAUUGGAUCGGCUAUUUUACGAACACUAAUGGAAGCAAUGAAUAUGAAUAAUAAAAAUAUCCCAUCCAAGUUGUAUUUGUAACACUCAAAAUACUUUGCUUCAGCUUCUCCUCUCUCUAGUCUCCCUGUCCUUUGCUUCGCUGCGAAAAUGGCUUCCAAUGUCAGCUCAGUUUGUCCUCCACUGGGCGCCAUUGCUGCCCCAAAGGUUUACUAUCACUCUUGCUCAUCUCUUUCCCCAUCCAAUCCUAAUUCCCACACAAAAAGCCCUACUCUUCUCUCUUCUCAAUCGCACUCUUCCUUCAUUUCCAGCUUCUCCCGAUGCCACCGUGCUAACCUAACUCCUUCUCGAUCCACUGUCGCACCGCUCCCGCGAGCUCCCAAUUUUAUGGUUGUAAGAAGUGCUAAGGCGGAGCCGCUGAGAGUAAUGAUAUCUGGAGCUCCUGCUUCUGGCAAGGGAACACAAUGUCAGCUCAUCACUCAGAAAUAUAAUUUGGUGCAUAUUGCUGCUGGAGAUCUACUAAGGGCGGAAGUUGCAGCUGGGAGUGAAAACGGGAGGCGAGCAAGGGAAUGUAUGGAGAAAGGGCAGUUGGUUCCAGAUGAGAUAGUUGUCAUGAUGGUGAAGGAGCGAUUGUUGCAGCCAGAUUCUCAAGAGCAAGGUUGGCUUUUAGAUGGAUAUCCUAGGAGCUCAUCGCAAGCACUUGCUCUCAAGGACUUUGGGAUUGAACCUGAUAUCUUCAUUCUGUUAGAAGUUCCUGAAGAGAUUCUGGUUGAGAGAGUUGUUGGACGGAGGUUGGACCCUGUUACAGGCAAGAUCUACCAUUUGAAGUAUUCUCCUCCAGAGACUGAAGAAAUUGCAUCAAGGCUCACUCAACGCUUUGAUGAUACAGAAGAGAAGGUGAAGUUGAGAUUGCUCACGCAUAAUCAAAAUGUAGAGGCAGUACUCUCCUUGUAUGAAGACAUAACAAUUAAGAUCGAUGGUUGUGAUUCGAAGGAGAAUGUGUUUGCACAAAUUGAUGUCACCCUAGAGAAUCUUCUUCAGCAGAGGAAGGAAGCUUCAGGAUCCCUUGCGGCAUAGAAGAUUUAAAGAUGUGAGCCUUACAAGCCUUCAUAACAGUUGAGUGACUAUGGAAAACAUACCGGUUUUUGUGCCGCUUCUUAAUAUUUUUUGUUGGUGCUGGUUCCAUGCUGAAUAUACUGGCAACAAACCCCUUCCAGAUAUUGAUUCACAUUUCACACAUGUGCUUGUACAUAUAUUAGCUUCCAGUGACAAUAAACAAUUCAUAUUUUUUUUUUUCCUUUUUGGUUUCAUUAAAAUUUGUGUGGUGGUAUUAUUUCACCUCAUGUAGUGUGAAAAAUUCCUUGUAACGGGGGAAAAUGAAUAAUGUAAGCACAAUAGCAUCAUUUGUGCAAUGUGUUUUCUGUGAUC